ACAUGUAAAUAUAAAGAGGGUCAUUUUGCAAAUUUAAAAUUUCUAAAUUCAGUUAGAACAUCUCCCUCCCUCAUUUUCUUGAUAAUUUUUUUUUCAGAAUCAAUCAAUCAAUCAUAAAAUUGAAAUCAGGAGCUCAGGGCUUUCUGCAUUUCAAUUUUUAUUGGUCGGUUCCUAACUUAGCCAAAUUAACAAAACCGACGAUUCAAUAGCAUUUAUCAUCGUCGGAUUUGUAACUCGAUUGGCUCUGAAAGGAAUCGACAAUGGCAAAAGGAAAGGAGCAAGUGCACAAAAUGAAGCACCGGAAGAGCUACCGCAACGUAUGGCACACGGAUCUCAUGAACACCAUGUCCGCCAAUCCUUCGUAUUGUUGCUUUGCGUUAUUCUGUGGACCAUGUGCAUCCUACACGCUUCGUAAGCGAGCUCUCUAUGGUGAUAUGUCGAGGUAUACAUGUUGUGGUGGAUAUAUGCCAUGUAGUGGAAAGUGUGGUGAGCGUAAAUGUCCUCAAUUUUGUCUUUGCACAGAGGUCUUGUUAUGCUUUGGAAAUUCUGUAGCAUCCACCCGCUUUAUGUUGCAAGACGAGUUGAACAUACAAACAACAAAAUGUGAUAAUUGUAUCAUUGGUUGCAUGAUAUGUCUCCAACAUGUUGCAUGUAUAUUCUCCAUCAUUGCUUGCAUUCUUGGAAGUGAUGAACUCAAUGAGGCAUCUCAGAUACUCAAUUGCUUAGCUGAUAUGGUUUUUUGCUCGGUUUGUAGUUGCAUGCAGACCCAACACAAGGUUGAAAUGGACAAACGAGAUGGAAAAUUUGGAAUGCUACCGAUGGAUGUCCCACCGGUCCAGCAAAUGUCAAGGAUUGAUCAACCUGCAUAUCCGCCACCACAUUUACAAUACGGACAACCACCCUAUGUUCAAGGGUACCCGCCUGCCGCCUAUCCUCCACAAUAUCAAGGCUACCCGCCAAUGUAUCCUCCACCUCAAGGCUACCCACCUGCCGCCUAUCCUCCACCUUAUCAAGGGUACCCACCCGCUGGCUAUCCUCCGCCACAUCAAGGCUACCCACCCGCACCUUAUCCUUCUCAACCUCCUCCUCCUCCGCCGCCUCAUGUUCAAGGCUACCCGCCACCAGGUCAAUACAAGUAAUUCAUUUUGGUGUCAUUAUUACAACAGGCAAAACAGUAAAUAUUUCUUGUGGUUAUGUUCUUUUGUAGCUUGAGCAUAUUUGUUUUUCCUGUACAUGAUACAUAGUUUUAA